UACGGUGCUAAAAAUGCACGUAUCUGCCAAACUUCUCGAUUGUCAACGGAAGCCCAUUGUAUUUGUACCCUCAAAUUCAGUACAGAUCGUUCAAUUUAUCGCUCUGAAUACAACUAUUUUUUUUUCUCAGAUCCUAAAAAUCCAGUGUGCUCAUUUUCGAUCCAAUCGACAUUUGAAUUUGUAACAUUCUCAAUUUAGUCGAUGGCGGUGAAGGGGAGGCAGUAUGGGAGAGUUCCGCCGCGUAAAUCGUCGUCAUCUAUGAUGAUUUUCGCGAUGCUCCUGAUAUUCUCUUUCCUCAUUAUAAUCCUUUUGGCUCUCGGAAUUCUGUCGAUUCCCGGCAGUUCGAAGGGCUCUACAAAAGCUCACGAUCUCAGCUCUAUCGCCCGCAAUACCAUUACCAAAGGUGACGAAGACGAGGAGAGGAAAGAUCAGUGGGUUGAAGUGAUUUCUUGGGAACCCAGAGCUUCCGUUUUUCACAAUUUUUUGUCCAAAGAGGAAUGUGAGUAUCUGAUCAAUCUUGCUAAGCCUCAUAUGCAGAAGUCAACAGUUGUUGAUAGUGACACUGGGAAAAGUAAGGAUAGUAGAGUCCGUACUAGUUCUGGUACAUUUCUCCCUAGAGGACGUGAUAAAAUUGUUAGCGAUAUUGAGAAAAGGAUUGCUGAUUUCACCUUCAUCCCUGUAGAGCAUGGGGAAGGUCUUCAAGUCCUCCAUUAUGAAGUAGGCCAGAAGUAUGAGCCUCAUUAUGACUAUUUUAUGGACGAGUUUAACACAAAGAAUGGUGGUCAACGAAUUGCUACAGUUCUUAUGUACCUGUCAGAUGUUGAAGAAGGGGGUGAAACGGUAUUCCCUGCUGCCAAAGGAAACUUUAGUUCUGUGCCUUGGUGGAAUGAGCUAUCUGAAUGUGGUAAAGAAGGACUUUCUGUUAAACCAAAGAUGGGCGAUGCAUUACUUUUCUGGAGCAUGAAGCCUGAUGCAACUUUGGAUCCUUCAAGUUUGCAUGGUGGCUGCCAUGUUAUCAAAGGGAACAAAUGGUCAUCUACAAAGUGGAUUCGUGUCCAUGAAUACAAGGUGUAAUUUACUAUGAUAGAGGAUAAAGAAGAGAUUCAGACAAAGUGAUUGUUGUACGAUUUUAUACAGUGGUGACGAGGAUUUCAGCAGCACUUUCAUCUGCACUUCAACUGACUGAGUUAAAGAUGUAAUGUUAUCCACAAUCAUGUACAACUAUCUCGGAUUACUGCUUUUUGUUGACAUCCCAUCUGUAGAAAUUAUCUUAUUGAAUAAAUAUGAUGGGAAUUUUCCAUAUGAAUUCACCGAUUAAUUAUUUCCGAGAAACAAGAUGUGGUGAGUUAAAAGUGAAUAUAGUUUUCUGUCAAGAGUGCC